GCCUGCCUCAGUUCCUGCACUGCAACGGGGUGGAUGACUGUGGGAAUCGGGCCGACGAGGACAACUGCGAAGACAACAGUGGAUGGCCUCUGCAAUUUGAUAAGUAUUUUGCCCAUCGCUACAAAAUGCUUCCCACACAUCUCUUGAAGGCAAAAACACCCGAAUGCCGCCUUGGUUCUGUGCCCGGGCAAUGUGUUUGCCAAGGUCUACAUCUUGACUGUGAUGAAACCAAUUUACGAGCUGUUCCAUCAGUUUCUUCAAAUGUGACACAAAUGUCACUUCAGUGGAACUUACUAAGCAAGCUUCCUCCUGAUGGCUUCAAGAAGUACCAUGAUCUUCAGAAGCUGUGCCUGCAAAACAAUAGGAUUAGAUCCAUAUCCACCCAUGCUUUUCGAGGACUGCACAGCCUUAUUAAACUAUAUCUCAGCCAUAACAGAAUAACCUCCCUGAAGCCAGGUGUGUUUGAAGAUCUCCACAGACUAGAAUGGCUGAUAAUUGAAGAUAAUCACCUCAAUCGGAUUUCCCCACUUACAUUUUAUGGACUCGAUUCUCUUAUCCUCUUGGAGCUGAUGGACAACGUCCUCACCCGUUUGCCUGAUAAACCCCUGUGUCAGCACAUGCCCAGACUCCACUGGCUGGACUUGGAAGGCAACCAUAUCCAUAAUUUAAGAAACUUGACUUUUAUUUCCUGCAGUAAUUUAACUGUUUUGAUAAUGAGGAGAAACAAAAUUAAUCACUUAAAUGAAAAUGCUUUUAUACCUCUUCAGAAACUACAUGAAUUGGAUUUAGGAAGAAAUAAGCUUGAAAAUCUUCCACCACAUGUAUUUAAGGAUCUGAAGGAGCUGUCACAAUUGAAUCUUUCCCAUAACCCAAUCCAGAAAAUUCCAGCAAACCAAUUUGAUUACCUUGUCAAACUCAAGUCUCUCAGCCUAGAAGGAAUUGAGAUUCCAGAUAUCCAACAAAGGAUGUUUAGACCUCUUAUGAAUCUCUCUCACAUCUAUUUUAAGAAAUUCCAGUACUGUGGAUAUGCACCACACGUGCGAAGCUGUAAACCCAACACAGAUGGAAUUUCGUCAGUGGAGAAUCUGCUGGCCAGCAUUAUCCAGAGAGUGUUUGUCUGGGUGGUCUCCGCAGUUACCUGCUUUGGGAACAUUUUUGUCAUUUGCAUGCGACCUUACAUCAGGUCUGAAAACAAGCUGCACGCCCUGUCAAUCAUUUCUCUCUGCUGUGCUGACUGCUUGAUGGGAAUAUAUUUGUUUGUGAUUGGAGCCUUUGACCUGAAGUUCCGUGGGGAAUACAACAGGCACGCGCGGGUUUGGAUGGAGAGUAUUCAUUGUCAGCUCAUAGGGUCUUUGGCCAUUCUGUCCACCGAAGUGUCAGUUCUGCUUCUAACAUUCUUGACACUGGAAAAGUACAUCUGUGUUGUGUAUCCUUUUCGAUGUCUAAGACCUCAAAAAUGCAGAACAAUUACAGCUCUGCUCCUCAUUUGGAUGAUUGGGUUUCUAGUGGCUUUCACCCCACUAAGCAAUAAGGAAUUCUUCAGAAACUUCUAUGGCACCAACGGAGUAUGUUUUCCUCUCCACUCAGAAGAUGCAGAAAGUACUGGAGCUCAGAUUUACUCAGUGACAAUCUUUCUGGGUGUUAACUUGGCGGCAUUUCUCAUCAUAGUCUUUUCCUACGGAAGCAUGUUUUACAGUGUCCGUCAAAGUGCCAUCACAGCAACUGAAAUACGGACUCAAGUUAAAAGAGAGGUGGCCCUGGCCAAGCGCUUCUUCUUUAUUGUGUUUACUGAUGCAUUGUGCUGGAUACCCAUUUUUGUGCUGAAAUUUCUUUCACUGCUUCAGGUAGAAAUACCAGGUACCAUAACUUCUUGGGUAGUGAUUUUUAUUCUGCCCAUUAACAGUGCUUUGAACCCAAUUCUCUAUACGUUGACUACGAGACCUUUCAAAGAAAUGAUCCGUCAGUUUUGGUUUGACUACAGGCAAAGAAGGUCUACUGACAGCAAAGGAAGCCAGAAAACCUGUGCUCCGUCGUUCAUCUGGGUGGAGAUGUGGCCACUGCAGGAGAUGCCGCCUGAGCUCAUAGAUCCGCCUGCUUUCCCAGACAGGUGUGAGAUAACACUCCUUUCUCAGCCACCUGGACUCAGCUCCUUUACAUAACCACUCUGAAGCCCAUUGCUUCACAGAGAGUGCUGUCUGGUUCUUCUGGAGGAAAUAGGAGUAAAUAUCACAAAAUUACUAACCUGUAUUAGUGGCUAGGACAAAUCAGCAUACAAGGCCGUGAAGACAAAAUCGCCCAAUGCUCAUGUACAAGGAAGUCCUUACACUGAUAAUGUGUAUAUAGUAGCACAGACUUUGCAUCGCAAAUUAAGAGAACUCUACUUCAGAGGGAUUCACAGCUUCUUCUAACAAGCGUUUACUGAGUCUCACCACCUGCAUGGCACUGUGGCGAAAUCCUGGAAGCAGACGGUACGGAACCUUGCGUUCUGUAAAUUGUGAGGAACUCUAUACAAAGUCCACCUGCAGCUCCUCAUUUAAAGUAGAGCUUUGUCUGUCGUACAUAUCAGCA